AAGGUCCUGCUGAGAUUUGAACUCAGGUUAGCAGAUUCAGAGUCUGCUGUCCUAACCACUAGACCACAGGACCAGGUGAUGGCACAUUACUGCCAUACUAUGCUACCGAUGCCCGUCACCCCUGCCAUUGCCCCUCCUGGGACCGCCCCCGCCGCCUCGCCUGCCCUUGCCCCUGCGGCCGCCGCCGCAGCCACCCUUACCGCCGCCCCAGCCAUCAUUCCUGCAGCCGCCCCUGCGACCGCACCGCCUCCGGGACCGCGGGUUGGCAGUGGGAGUGUCGUGGCUGAAGUUCGGGACAGAGAGCUGUAUCGCGCGCCCUAAGGACCGAGUGCGGUUAGCGGAGUGUUUGCUGGCGAGUCGCGCUGGCGCUGGUGUGUCGCGCCAUUCUGCCGGCACUGCAUUCCACCGGCACGAGCGUGUGUAGCCUAGGGUUUUGUGUCGCGUGUGUGACUGCGUGUGGACUUGAGCAGCUAAGACUGCUGUGUAUCGCCUGCUUGGUGUAGGAUUAACCUUGCUUGCUAUCAGCCUGAGAGAAAGGUGCGAGUGAGAAGUUGCCGUACAGUUGGUCGGCGCACGUAGCGGGCAGUGACGCCUGUGAGCGGCACUGUCCGCUGUUACUCCAUAUUGGCUUUACGACGACUAAUGUGUAGUUCUUGUGACUC